AAUGGCCAGUCCAUUUGCAGACACCGGAGAGAGAGCACGUACGCCUCUCUGCUCCGGCAUUGGCAACUUUGUUUCAAACUACCUUGUGGACUUGGUGUCUAUCGGUUAUUGCAAGUGCUUUUGUGCCGUUUCAGGAGUUUUAUCAGUGAAAUUGUGGCGGUGAUAACAAGGCGCACCAUUCGAGGAAUAAGUACGCUGGUGCUGCUUUAAAAAUUAUAUGUUAUAUUUAUUUUUAUUUUGUUUUCGCAUUUUUUGAAACCUUCCCUUCGUCCUGGGACUUAGAAUCUAAACGGGACUCGUCUCUCGCAAGAAGAUUUGUGUUUUAUUUAAUCAAGCACCAGAAAGCCUAUCGUCGAGUCACUGGUGAACCUCUUAUGUUUUGGUUUAAGAUGCCGUCUCCUCUGUAUUUCUUUAAGGAUUAUAAUUUCUGAGGUUAUUGAAGAGGCGAAGGAAACGCAAUAAUUUUGGGUCUACUUGAAAGGUACGACUGAUGACAGUGUGAGAUUUGUCUUUUCGACCCUAGUGUAGAGAACCGUUAGAGGCUGGAUUUCGUUGGCAUGGAUCAUACCGAGGUGUCUGGAGGAUGAGGAUGGCGGCCGUAGAAGUGGGUAAGACGGCGGGGAUCCAUGAGUGCGGCGGCUGCGGUAAGAGAAUCAACGACCGGUACCUCCUGAAGGCAGUAGACCUCUACUGGCACGAGGACUGCCUCAAGUGCGGCUGCUGCGACUGCCGCCUCGGCGAAGUGGGUUCCACGCUCUACAAAAAAGCUAAUUUACUUCUUUGCAAACGAGACUAUCUCAGACUAUUUGGAACGACGGGGCACUGCGCGGCAUGUAACAAGGUCAUACCUGCCUUCGAAAUGGUCAUGCGAGCAAAAACCAACGUCUACCACCUUGAAUGUUUCGCCUGUCAACAGUGCAAUCACAGAUUCUGCGUCGGCGACCGAUUUUAUUUGUGCGACAACAAGAUUCUGUGCGAAUACGACUAUGAGGAGCGAAUGGUGUUCGCCAACAUGUCCUAUUCGUCCGAUUCCCUGGCACACAUCAAGCGACAAGUUAGUGACCUCCAGCAGCCCCCUGAGGAAUCUGGCAUGGCUCAACGUGGCGCCCCAGCACUCGGCCCCAACACCCUCCCUCAAAACCAGCAACAACAGCACCAGCACCAGCAGCAGCAGCACCAACAGCAGCAGCAGCAACAACCGCCACCACAGCAACAGCAGCAGCAGUUGAACAUGAACGGAAUGAGCCUGAGCGGUGGCAUGGUCUCCGGACCCGGCACCUCCGGGGUUCUCCUGCCGGGGGAUCGCGGAGGAGGAGGUCUCGGGGAUCACCUGGGAAACGACGGGGCCCUGAAGGCUCCCCCAGCUGCAGCUCCUCCACAACCCAACAGCUCCAACCACCAGGCAGCAGUCGCUGACGACGCCUCCAGUGGUUACGGCAGUCCCGACUCACUCACCAUGGAGGACCGAUGAGACGCGGCCGGGAGGGGGCGAAAGAGACGGCGAACUUGACCACCAAAGACUUAUGCCGCUGCAGCCGCUUCUUUAUCGCCGCGAAUGCCGACGCCACAACAACGACCAUCGCAGUUAUCAUCGUCAUUACCAUUAUCACAAUUACCGCAAACACCGCAGUGGCCACUACAAUACCCGCCGCCACAAGCAUCGGCGGUAGCGGCGGCAGCGGCGGCGGCGGCGGCGGUGGCAGCAGUGCCGCCGAUUCAACAGCUGUCGCAACUACAGCCGCCGCUGGUUCAUCCCCAACAUCAACAGCAGCCAUCACCUGGAAGGUUUAUGCCGAUGCACCCACUCAUGGGACCGUCUCAACUGCGGCAUCACAAUCACCACGGUAUUUAAUAACAUCUUACCGGACCAGUGGAUAGCCUGCCCCUAAUGACACCACCCAGAGGGCUUUUCUACCCAAAGGGCCCUUGAGGGGUGCGACCCUCCGUCAUAACUUGGUGAUCGACCGCAAGUGGCGCAUCUGGUUUCAAGUGAGACGCAAGAAAAGUGAUCAAUGGUUAACUUGAGCGGCCGUUAACGACUACCUUAGCCACCGCGAUCGGAAAUCCACAUCAGUAUAUUGCGGUCGCAAACAAUAAAAGACCACAGAUUAAAUUCCCCUAAAAGAAGCCACUUAUGGCGGUGGUUUUUAGAAGAAGUCUCGUCAUGUUUCUUCUUCUGUGCCGAUCAGGAAGCCGGAAGCCCCGUGGCAAAGCCUGUGAAGGUGAGAUUGCAUGUUGGGAAUGGCCACUACUGAUGGAAGAAACCAAGGCAAACCAAAGGCUGAAGUGCGCGGCAUAAUUUGCCUCCUUCAAAUAGUAGCUCCCUCCCUCGUUCGUUCAGCUGCUCAAUCUUGAACAAAUUAAAGUCCAACCGGCAGUUUGAUUAACAAAAGUGUAACAAUAACGACAAAAAAUCCAACAGAAGUUUUACGUAAUUAUCGCUCUUCUUGAAAACAGAAAAAAAAAUAUUUAAAAAAUGUACAUGAUUUUACAGAUUUAUCCCUAUUUAAGGAUCUAUUAUGUGAUAUGUAAAGCAUUAAAGUGAUGAAGAGAGUUUGAGUAAACUCAAGGAACAUCAUUUAUAUUAUUUGUAAAUAUAAUCUUAAGGUCUAAUGUGUGAGAUUACAGACUCCCCUUUCUUGUGAAUAUGUGUUCGGAGAUUAGAAGAAAAUGGACAUAAUAUAAUUCUCAAUCAAUUGCAUGUACAGUGAACGAUAACUCUUCCUAUCUAGGUGUGCCAUAAGGUCAUUACUUCUUAGCUAUGGAAUAGAUAUUCCGCCUUUGCAAGGUCGGAUGAACUGAGCGAAGCUGCGCUAGUCAUGACUGCAAGUUGAAAGCAGAGCAGAAACCACGUUAUCACUAAUGGAAAUCUUGACCAAGGGGAAACAGUACAGGAAAACGUGUGAUUUCACUUCAGUAAUAAUAAUUAUAAUAAUAAUAAUAUUAAUAAUAAUAAUAAUAUUCAGAAUGAUUGAUCGUUGCUGAUAAUUAACCCGAACAUUUUUUAGUGGUAACUUUGUCCAAGUGGCGGCUCAAGUGUUUCAGAAAAGCCAGUUUCUUUGAUGAAAAUAAAAAGAACAUGAACAUGCUCUCAAAAAUGGCUUGUUUGUGUUUGUCCCAUACGUAAAUAAAUAAAAUACAAAAAAUGUAGUUCGAAAGACAGAAAAUAUAAGGGUUAUAGUACCAGCCAGGUUGAUUAUGUAUAUAUUGUGCACUAUGGCUUUCACCAACCUGGUCUGGUUUCCCCGUUUUCUAUACACCCCUAGUCGCAGCUCACACUUAUUUAAACUAUUUCAACGGAAAUUUGUUUAUUAAUCUCUAUUCCUCGUCUCUUGUGCUUUUUUUCAUCUAGCAGAAAAAAAAGGAAGCUUAAAAGUUAUGAAUGGGCUUAUCUUCGCUUCGAGAAGAGAUCUUGUAACAUCAUUUCAGUGUCAGCAAUAAGACCAGCAACCAACUGCAAGAGAAGAGGGUGUAGAAAUUCUUAACAAAUUGUGUUGAUAUGGGGUAUAUGUGAUACUUGCAGACAGGCGCAUAGAAAUAUUUGAAUGAGAGGCUGAGACAUUAUCCCACGGCAGGAAAUAGAUUCUUGUCACAUUUAGAAAAAAUAAAAAAAGAAAAAAAAAGUAUGCUAUGACCUCAACGAAAGGGACGAAAUUGAGAAUGGUGUUAAAUGUAAGCAUUUUGUAAUCUGAUUCUGUUCUUCUGCAAAUCAUCCCUUCUCAUGGUGUUUACAUCUCGUAGGCAGAAAAAUAAAACUGAUGAAGAGCCACGUAAAUAAAAGCGCACAGGAGAAAGCCAAGGUGAACUCUCCUCGUUUGGUUUUUUUAGUGCUGUGGAAUAAUGCUCAGCGGUGUGCGUGCGUGCGUACAUGAGUGUGCGGUUGAAUCGUUAUGACUGUUUUUCUCACAUCCUUGUUGUUUAUUUACUGUAUGUACAAAGUUUAAAUGUUAUCAUCAUUGACAUUAAAUGAUUAUAAUGAUUAUUGUAACUGUUUUCAUAAUUUUGUUUGGUUUUGUUUAGUUGUAAAAUGUACUUGGCAGUCUUCUAUUCAAGAAUCUUGAUUUCUUCUUCUCUUCAAGAACGUUUUCCGUUUUGAAUGAUUAUUAACUGUCGACGAGUUCACUGGUGUUGUUAAACAAUCAUCUUGAUGUUAUUCCUUUUCAAAUAAUAAUAACAAUUAUCAUGAUACUAUUAACAGUAAUGAUAAAGAUAACGAUCAGAGAGAACUACAAACAGAAAUGAAGGGGUGCCAAUAUGUGAAGGCUCUAGGAAGGCGCUGAACAAGUCAGGAAGAGAGAGCUCUACGGAAAGAGACCAUCACCAGUCUCUAUCCAGAACGACUACAGCUCAUUUUUGAGUUGCACGUUGCAUAGAUUCAGGAUCUUACAUAUCCAUGGGGUAUUUUUUUUUUCUUACCAUAAUCGGCAAUAUUUUUUCUUUCACUUUCCUCAAAUGAAGGACUGACGAGUAUUAAAAGAACAAUUGCAGUAUGUAGGUUCGAGACCAGAUUUUGUUUUGUACCCCCUAGAAACAAAGAGAGCAUUUACCGGUUAAACGGGAGCUUUAGAUAAUUGCGUAUUGGCGUCUAAUAUUGAUGAGUCAGUGCGAUGUUUCAGUGCAAGAAUGACUGGUGUUUUGGAAUGAACCUUUUAGUAUGGUUAUCAUUAUUCCUUUAUAAUCUUUCAGUCAAUUUCACCAUUACUGCAGUUGUGUGCCGGCCGGUGGCUAACAAGUGGUUCUGGUAAAUGGUCAAAAAGCGAGAAGAAAAAAAAAAGGUAGAUUUUUGUAAAUUGUUAGCGUAAAUGCUUCAGCGCCACUAAUAACAGAUAAAUUGAAUUUUACGUUUCGUCCAUUUAGUUUACAGGGCCCCCAAACCUUGUAUGCAAAUUACUCUUGAGAGGGAGAGAGCGAGAGCGAGAGAGAGAGAGAGAGAGAGAAAGCGCGAACGCGAGAGCGAAACUUCAGCUCGUUUGUUCACCAGCGUGCACCGUGAACAGUCAUUCAUCAUCAUAAACAUGGUACAACAUUAUAAAUAGAAUGGUUCUCUUAUUCACAUUCACGAGAAAAGUGACUAGAGAUUAUCUGGAAAUUGUCAUUCUCAUGUAUACGGUCAUUAGUUUAUACACGAUUUGAAUCCAUGUGAAUCCCAACGCGAUUUCGAUGCGACCCGCCCAAGGAAGGUAAGGCCCUCGAGGUCGAAAUAUCCCAUGGUGACCUUUUUGUUGUGAGACGUGGCGUUUCGACCUUGGCAUGCGUUCCACAGGCGAGGUUCAUUUCCAUUCCGUUGGCAUCAUCACAUGCCGUGAUCAUUUCUUCUGUUCUGACUUUCCUUUUCGUUCAUAUUUAUUGAGAUUGUAUGUAGUGAAGUUUUAGUGCUAAGCUAUAAGAUACCCAUUCUGUGUAUUAGCCAACGCAUCAUAGACAUCGGAGAUCGACGGAUUUUUCUUUUCUUUUGUUCGUUGAGACUAAAGUUUGUGCUUCUAAUGAAGGUAUUUGAUGUUGUGAAACAAUCCGAAAUAGUACAUUAUAUAUUGGGACAAAAGGUCAUAUUCAAAUUUGAUGAUUUCUUAUAACUUAGCACUGUGGAUUACCCGUUCCCGCCCCAGAUCUUUGUUAUGGACUAUUAUAUUACAUGUGCUCAAAUAUUCCUUAAACUCCAUUUUUUUCUCAUUACACUCUUUUAUACACGGUGAGAAAAUAUUAUCGAAAUAUUUUGAUAGACCUUGGAGAAAUCGUCGCCCAGUUUCCCUCAUUGCUCUGUGCGGAGGCCUAUGUAAUCAUAGUAACGACUCUUCAACACUCCUGUCAGACUUCAAACAUGAUUGGAUUCACCCGUCGCGUCUUUUGAGUUCAGAAUUUCUUUGCAAGAUAAAUGGCUGCCAUUAGGACCUGCCACCAAAAUCACGAAUAAGUCAAUAUUUUCUCUUCCUGUUCAUUUCGAGUAAGAGUGAUCAGUGUUUUCUCUUGAGAGUACCGAGUUUUAACGAAACUCCUUCACGAUGAGUUGUAGUGGAAAUUUACCAAUGGGCAUUCGUACCGAGAGAGAAGCUGUAACAUUGCUCGUUUAAGAAUUAGGCGUUUCUAUCCUCUAGAUUUUGUUCCAAAUUCCUUUUCUUACUUUGGAUGUACAUUCCCACUUCUUUUUAUUUGUCCUCUCUCCCUUUCAUGCUAAUUGGUGUUUUAAAUGAGAUCGUAACAAUAAAUUAUAGUAAAAAAUUCCUUAUGAGAAAAUAAAAUCACUGUGGUCUUUGUUUAUUUUAGGCCUAAAACACUCUCCAAGCGGCUAUUGUACAUCGGACCUGGACUAUUGUAAAACAUUUCAGAAAUGAACAAGAACGAAUAAAUUGUGCAAAAAAUCAGAUGUAUCAAACCAUUUGUUCUCUACUUAUUGAUGUCCUACUGCGCUAGGCGCCAACUAGUACAUGAACUAACUUUGCUAGGAACUCACUGGUAGAGAUCCCGGUCUGUACUAAGUGAUCACCUGAGCUACAACAUGGAGGCUGUAACUAGUGCUCGUCCUGUUUUUUAAUGACUUUUUAAUUUAUUUAACUGUAGCUCGUUCACACUCACGUCACAUGGAUAUUAGCGAUCUGGUCCGGCCAAGCAACAAGAACAACUCUUCUCUUCCCUUUCCGCCGAAGACAGAAUCGCAGGACUCGAAUGCUAGUUCCGUCCUUCGUAGCCAGGUGCAUUUAGUACAUGUGAGAGAGACUGUACUAGAAAGGGUUACUGGCGGUAGUGCUUUAAGCAUUCUCGCGUCCCAGUGGCACGGCCCCUCUGCAUGGUAACUUUGGUAGCCCAGUGCGGCACAUUAUUCACCGUUGUGCGGUCGCUCCGUUGGUUCGCGCUCCGUGAUCACACUUUGGCUUCGUUCCUAACAAAAAUAUCACAGGAAUCGUGACAGUUUCAUCACCAACAAGUUUUUGUUACAAAAUCCUUAUUGGUAUUUACGUUGAUCUCGGAGAGAACCAACGGAGCAGCCCCACCACCUUGAAUACUUACUGCACAGGAAUACUCGUUGUUAGCAUCGGGGGAAUAACUGUGGGAAAUGUUUAAAACUACUGAGGCGAGUUGCCAGUGCAGGCCGCAGGCUAGUCCCUUCUUGAAAACCCUCCUUAAACUAAACCCCACUUUUUCUCCCUACCUUCUUCCCCCUCCCCCUUCCCUACCCCUACUCUUGUUACCAAAGUUAUCGUCUAGAAUUGCACUUUUCUUAAAGUGAAUAUAUUUUGUACAAAGGAAUCAUAA